GGCCGAAGCACAUCUGGUAUCAAAGUGUGUUGGGUCGUGCCGAUUGUUUCUCCCCUCCGGAAGACGCCCUUGCCAGGCUUCCCGCCGCCCACGCGCCCGCCGCGGACAGGUAGCGCGACUCCUUCGGCAGCCGCGAGCCGCGGAAGCCCGAGGGGCCGUCCUCGAAGCGGAGGAAAGAGCGGCAGCCCCGGGUCGUCCACGCGGGUCGGCUGCGCGCGGGGCCCGCCGAACACCAGGUGCCACGCCGGCGCCAGGGCCUCGCCGGCCUCGGCCGCUCCGCCGCAGGCGGCCGGCGGGGAGCCCGUGGCCUGGCCGAGGGCGGCGCGGAGGGUGGAGGACGCGGACGCGGCGCGCGCGUCGCUGACGAGAAAGCGGGCGCCGUUGUACCCGGAGGGGAGGCCCGGCCCGAACAGCGCCCGCCACACCUCGCGCUCGCAGGCCGUGGGCGCCCGCGGGGGCCUCCGCUGCGCGCCCAGGUGGACAAAGGGCGCGUCGAGCGUGCGCCGCGCCAGGCUCGUGAGCACCAGCCGCAGCAGCUGGCGCUCCGACUCCUCCCGGGCCGCCGGGAGGAAGAGGUGGAAGCCGCGCCCGGAGCCCGAGGGCCCAGGCUCCUCGGGCUGUCGCGCGAGGUGGCCAAGGACCUCCGCGGCGGCGCACUCGCCCCGCGGCCCCUGCGGCGACGGCGGGGCGCCGUGCCGCAGCGCCCGGACACCCCCGAAGGCGGCCGCGAGCGCACUGGCCUCGGCCGCAUCCACCCGCCGCCCACAAGAAUCGGCCACGACAGCUCGGCGUGCAGCUCGGGGGGGGCCAGGUCCACGAGCCACGCGAGGGGCUCGCGGCAGCGGCAGACCACGAGGCUCGCGCUCACGGGCUCUGAGGCCAGCGCCCGCAGCGCAAGGGUGGCGGCCUCGAAGCGCGACAGGGCCACUCCAUCGGCCAGGCCCUGGACAGCGGCUCGUAGACGUCCGCCGCAACCUGCCGCGCCUGCUGCAGCGCCUCCCGCGCCAGCGCGGCGCUCUGCCCGCCGUGCUGGGCGCCCUCCAGCGACAGCGCGGCCUGCGCCACCAGCAGGUAGGCCAUCACCUCCGGGGAAGGUGGGGGGCAGGGCUGGAGGACGACUGUCCCUGAGAGCCUGUUCCCCAAUCAGAGAUUGCAGAUAUUGAAAGAGCAGGCGAAUGUACGGCGCCGAUUUCGGUAGGCGGCCAAGUUUCCGGGUUCCCGGUUCGGGGUUCCCGGGUUCCCGGUUCGAGGUUCCUCGCCGAUCUCAGUGGGCUACCAGGUUCACGAAGCCUCUGC